AAAAACUACAUAACAUUAAAAAAGUAUCCAAUUGAUGUUGGCAUGAUUCAUUCGAAGGAGAAAUAAUCAAGCAAUCUAGCAAAUGUAAAAGAUAAGGAAUAUGCAACUUGUUCCGGGAAAUCCAUUCAAGAGCAGUUGCAAACAUCUCAAAAGUCUUACAGGAACUCGAACAACCCAUAGGCAUGCACCUACCAUAAUAGUAUUGGCCUUCCCAGUAUAUUCCUAAUAGAUCGUAAUCUUCAGGGCGAAUAGGGACUAACCGAAAAGCACUCUUAACGUCGGUUUUAGCUAAAAAACAAUGGGGACCCAUAGACUUAACCAAGUCAAUGGCAUUCUCCACUGUGGCAUACGAAACAUUUGUGUAAACGGAAAAAAUGCCCUCAUUUAAGGAGGAGCCUUUUGGAUAAGAAAGAUGUUAAAUUAAACGAAACUCACCUUCAACUUUCUUGGGGACCAAACCCAGGGGUGAUAUACGAAAGAUCGGAAAAGGAGGGGAUGAAAAAGGGCCAGCAAGCCUAUGGGCAUCGAGUUCCUUAGAAAGCUUAGCACUCACAGCCUUUGGAUUCUGUAGAGCCGAAAGAAGGUUGGGGGCCUCCUGAGAACAACGAGGGCCAUCGAAAUACAAAGGAAAACCUGAUGUAAAACCAGAUUCCAACAACUGCGCAAUUGAAUGGUUAUACCCAGAAAGGAAAGGAAGCAUACACCUAAUGUUGACGGAGGUUGGUAACUGCAAAGCUUGACUGGGGGUUGGUUGAAUGGGGGGAAGGUUUGGUGGUACCUCUGUUUUGUGAUUGAAUCCCGCCAGCUUUGGCACGAAAAUUACAGUUUAAAGCAUGGUGGGAGCCCUCACAUUUAAAGCAAUCAGGCCUAAAAGAACAGCCCAUACAGUCACCACCCCUAUGGAAAGUAAAACAAAAACCCUCGGUACUCUAAGAUUGGCCAUAAGCUUUCUAGUGCCUGCAGGGGUUUGCGCCCUCUUGACACUGACCGGGCUCUACGAGUGGAGCCAAAGCUCCCAGUGAAUGGUACCCCAUGGAAAGGAAGUACCAGGCGUCUGCCUUAAAAACCGGAAAUUUUCAUCGUAAAAACGCCAGUUGUGACCCCUGGUGGCAAGGUCCUGCAUGGUAGAGCCAUACUUCAUAAGGCCUGUACCUUCACUUGGAGAGCGGCUUGUAAAAACUCCCACGAACACAUGGAAAGCUUGGACCCAAGAGCCAUCACCAGGAUUAAUGGUGAGCUGAUAUUUUCCUUCUGUGAAUUGGUUGGCCAAGAGCAGACCAAAGUCAAUAAAUUCAUUAUUCCAGAUUUUUUUUUAGUUUUAAAGGCACCCGGGCAUCGACUGCCGGCAGACUGACGGAUGUGAAUAUGUCCUUAGGAUGGACUGCCCCUGUUGAUUGACUCUCACCUGUCAAUGAAGAGUGGAGUGACUGGACCACUUGAGCAACCUGUUCCCCAGCUGAGGUAUUGCCAACAGGAGAAGAACCAACCACAGGGACCUCUGUGGUCAACUGUUGAACGGCUGUUGUCCCCGCCACGUUUGGAAAAACCUCCGUGGUAGGAAAUGGCACUUGGGACUCUUGAAUAGCAGGCGGAAAAGAUGCUGGCUGGAACUGUCGGGUGACCUCAGCUGCUACAUGCUGAACCAACUGGUCAAGCAGGGCCGGGGGAAAGGCGGGUAUGGUUGCAGAAAUAGUGCGCUCAGAGGCAUGAGAAGAUGGCACAGAAUGAAGAACUGCUGGCUGAGAGGGUAGGUCACUGUCAUUACCACUGGAUGGUAAACUGGGAGCUGCAGUACGCCUCCUCCGAUGAGGUGGAGCCACCAGAGAGACUAACGCUUGACGAGAAGGUCAUUUUGACCUAGUAAAUCGUCGGGGUGGCAUCUGAUAAACAAAAUAAGAAGAAAAAGGCAGAAACCAGCUCUCAAGGAACGAGGCUACUUGGGUCUUCAACAACAACAAAACAGUUGCGAAAUCAGUUCUGAAGACGAGACAGACCUUCAAGGGAAUUGUUUUAGCUGUGCAACCGUAUGCCGCGGUUGACGAGGGGGCAGCUUAGCUGGUAUCUGUAGAGAUAUGCCCAGCGAUCGUCGAAUUUCUCACCCGUCAACAAACAAAAGGUAUCCAAGAGCAAAUAGCUGACAAGACCGGGAUCAAGUGGUUUGAAGCUAGUAGGACUUUCAUGAUGUCAGGAAGCUUGAAACAAGUGAAAAUGUCACGUGGUUAUCUGCUGCAAGCUAUUGUUCAAUGUGGUGGCAUAGCACAACAAAACAAGAUGAAGAGUACUCUGUCAAAACUUCAGAAUUUAAGAAAUGAAGACGCUGACCGGAAUGACAGCGAAAGAGCAAAGGAUGUGAGUCCAUCAGAGUUUCCCAGAAAACUUCCUGAGAAAUUACAGUUACUUCUUAAAGAAACUCAACAAGAAAAAUCGGACCUACAAAAACAGUUGAGCCAACAGCAAAAGUCUCGUUCUGAACUGGAAGAAAGAUUGAAAACCGAACAAGUAUCAAGUCAAUCUCUCCAACUCCAGCUCGAAGCAAAUGAGCUCUCUAUUAGAGAACUACGACUUGAAGUUGAAGAGGGGCGUCGACAGAAGACAGCUUUGGAGGAAACAGUAAGACGUCUGCAGCUUCAAAUUGCAGAGGAAAUGGAUAGGCAUGCAACCAUUGAAAGAGAUUUACAAUUAGCCCUGUCUACAACUCAAGCGGAAUUGUCAGAGCUACGAUGCAACACGCGAGACUGGAUCAUACUACGUGAAGAAGUUACUCUUCGCAGAAAAGUCUUAGGCAAUGGAGCCUGGGGAUCUGUUAGAGAGGGAACUUUUCGCGGUUCCAAAGUUGCUGUUAAAGAAAUUCGUGAACUAAUUCUCUCUGAUCACAAUCGUCGACUAUUUGAACGAGAAAUGAACAUCGCAUCGCGCUGUCGCCAUCCAAAUCUGUUGCAGUUUAUUGGCGCAACAAAUAACGAUGGUAGUCCAUUGUUUGUAACUGAGUUACUCGAUAGUUGCCUGAGGCGUUUGUUAUCCGAACGAGAACUAACUCCCAAGGAAGUUUUGAACCUUGCUUUAGACGUCGCUAAAGGUCUUAACUACCUCCAUCUUAACAAACCGCUUCCCAUCAUUCAUAGGGAUAUCAGCAGUGCAAACGUGUUGCUUUGGAGAAGAGACGAUUGUUGGAGGGCUAAGUUGUCUGACUAUGGAGCGGCAAACUUUAUGCAAAAGUGCAUGACAGCAAAUCCAGGGGCUAUGAUUUAUUCAGCACCAGAAGCUUUUACUCUAAAACAAUCACCAAAGGUAAACAUUUUCUGUUUAGCUUUCCCGUAGUCCGGUCGAGGGAGGGCGUUAGCACGUUUUAGUUACUCUAUUGUAACAAGCUAGGUGCAAUUCUACUUCCUAACCCACCAUUGAAAGGUGUGAAGUUACAACUGGUGUCAGGUAAUUUUUUUAAAUAAAUAUGAUCUUUGUGAAAAACUUCCACGCUGUUUGUUAGAGUUCCUAUGGGUUGGUUAAUAGUUUGGGUGUCGUGACUUUGACUGCCGUGAGGAAGGCUACACCGGUAUAAAUGUCCUGAACUUUUUAAUUUGUCUGCUGAAUUAUUUUUCUUCCUAACCAGGUGGAUGUGUACAGCUAUGGUGUCC